AUGAACAAUUUCAACGACGAUUUGUAUCCCUUGGCUCUCCUUAUGGAUGAGUUGAAGCACGACGAUGUGUCGAAUAGAGUCGAAGCAAUGCAGAAAUUGGAUACAAUUGCAAUUGCCUUGGGGCCGGAGAGAACACGCAAGGAGUUGUUGCCAUUUUUGAAUGACGUUGCUCAGGACGACGAGGAGGAAGUCUUUGCCGUGUUGGGUACUAAGUUGGGCGACUUUAUCCCCUUGAUUGGAGGCCACGACCAUUGCGAGCCCUUGAUUUCCAUAUUGACAAUUUUGGCAUCGAUGGAAGAGCCUUUGGUUAGAGACAAGGCUAUCGACUCGUUGAACAAGGUCAGUUUGGAGUUGACUCAGGAAGAAAUAAACAAGAUCUUUCUCAGCUUAAUCACGAACUUGACCCAGGGCAACUGGUUUCUGAAAAAGAUUGCCUCGUGCGGUCUAUAUAAAGCAGUCAUUAUUCGAGUCAAUGCUGAAGCGAGAAAAGACUUGUUGAAAAUGUACUUGAAGCUUGUCACUGACGACUACCCCAUGGUGAGAAGAAGCGCUGCUACAAAUUUACCGCAUUUGAUUGACUUGUUGACGCAAUUCACCGAAACCUCUCCCAAUGACGUCAACAAAGUCAACAACGAAGAUUGGGAAAUCAUCUCCAAAAUGUUUCAGCAUUUAAUCAAUGAUGAUCAGGAUUCAGUUAAAUUCCUUAGUGUCGACGUAUUAAUCUCGAUUCUAGAGUUUUUCCAAAAGAUUCACGAGUAUAGCUUCAAUUCAGAUUUCUUAUCCAGCGCAUUAAAAUUAAUCAAGGACGAAAGUUGGAGAGUUAGGUAUACUGCUGCUGAUAGAUUUAGCAAGAUUGCCACGAACUUUGCCCCCAAUGAACAGGAUUUGUUUCAGUUGAUUGAUCCUUUUAUCGCACUAAUGAAGGAUCACGAGGCCGAAGUGAGAAAAGCGAUCGCGACGCAGUUGCCUUCAUUUUGUGAAUUGUUGACCAAAUAUCCACCUACUAAAGCAACAAUCUUGAACAAGAUCAUACCAGUGGUGAAUGAAUUGAGUCAAGACUCAAAUCAUGGAGUUCGAGCAUCGUUGGCAUCAACCAUUACCGAAUUAUCACCCAUAUUGGAGAGGCAAAACACCAUUGAAAAAUUGUUGCCCAUUUUCCUCACCAUGUUAAAAGACGAUGAGCCGGAAGUGAGGCUCAACAUCAUAUCCAAUUUGUCAGUGGUGAAUGAAACCAUUGGCAUUAAUUUACUAUCCACCAAUUUACUUCCCGCCAUCACCGAGUUGGCUCAAGAUCACAAGUGGAGAGUAAGAUUAGCAAUCAUUGAAUACAUCCCCAAAUUAGCCGACCAACUCGGCGAAUCCUUUUUCAAUGAUGAGCUCUUGUCAUUAUGCAUGUCAUGGUUAUGGGAUCCAGUAUUCGCGAUAAGAGAAGCAGCAGUCAAUAAUUUAAAAAAUCUCACCGUCAUUUUCGGAUCUCAAUGGGCAACGCUGGAAAUCCUAAGCAGAUUGCUCAACCAAGAUGACAAGAUUGACGAGGACGACAAGAUUGAUUACUCCAACUUUAUCAUCAGAAUCACGUGCCUUUUCGCAAUAACAAGUUUGAUACCUGUUAUUGACCACAAUAUACUAAUUGAGAAAGUUCUCCCCUUUAUCAACAGCUUAAUCACAGACUCGGUGCCCAACAUCAGAUUCAACGUGGCCAAGUCCUAUCUCACUUUGGUGGAAUCGUUGGCUAAAAAUGAACAGGCAAUUGCAAACCCCGAAGAGUUGAAGAAGCUUGUUAACUUGCAAGUGCUUUCCAAUUUAGAAAAAUUAGAAUCGGAUGAAGACGUAGAUGUGAGAUUCUAUUCAACAAAGAGUAUUCAGGGAAUAAAUGAGAUUUUGGCAUGA